UGAAUUAAUAAAUGAUAAGUUUGGAGAAUCACCGAACUCUGAGCUUCCAAAUUACUAAAGGCAACAUCAAAAAACUCGAAACUAAUUAAAGUUAAAGCAGAGAAGAGCAGAGAAUCAUCUCUCUCUGCAAGAACAAGAAGAGAAGAGACGAGAGGGAGGAGAAAGUUGAACACUUUUCUCCUUUAUUACUAUUGCUGGAACAAUCUCCUUCUCUCUCUCUCUCUUCUUUGAAGGCAAGAAGAAGAAAAGAAAAGCGCUCUCUUCUUCAUCUUGUUGCUUUGUGAGAAGAGAAGAGAGAUGUUUGGGUGCAAUAGUUUAUGCUGGGAUUCUUCUGUCCCUGAAUUCACUGACCCUGAUCCACUUCCCUUCUCUCUGCCUUCGCCCCUUCCUCAAUGGCCACAAGGUGGUAGUUUUGCAAGUGGAAGAAUAUGCCUUGGAGAAAUAGAAGUUGUAAAAGUAAACAAUUUUGAGAAGGUUUGGAGAUGCACAAGUUUGAAUGGGAAAUCGCUUGGUUUCACAUUUUAUAGACCUUUGGAAAUUCCUGAAGGCUUUUUCUGCCUUGGUUACUACUGCCAGUCCAAUCACCAGCCAUUGAGAGGAUAUGUUCUUGUGGCCCGUGAAACUAGUUUCGAUGCCUCCGUGUUAGAAUCUCCUGCUCUGGAAAAGCCACUUAACUACUCGUUAAUAUGGAGCCUGGAUUCACAUGAUGAGUGUGUUUACUUUUGGUUGCCAAACCCUCCAACAGGUUAUAAAGCCAUGGGCAUAGUAGUUACUAGCAGUCCUAAGGAACCUGAAGUUGAAGAAGUUAGAUGCGUGCGAGAUGAUCUCACAGAAACUUGUGAGACUUCUGAUCUGUUACUGACUGUAAAGUCAAAAUAUGCAAAAGAUUCAUUUCAGGUUUGGAACACACAACCCUGUGAUAGAGGUAUGUUAGCUAGAGGUGUAGAUGUUGGGACAUUCUUCUGUGGCAGUACCUAUUUUGAUUCUGAGCAAGUGGUGGAUAUCGUGUGCUUGAAGAAUCUUGAUUCUUCCUUGCACGCGAUGCCAAAUCAGAACCAGAUUCAUGCACUUAUUCAGCAUUAUGGUCCCACUGUAUACUUCCAUCCUGAUGAGAAGUACUUGCCAUCAUCAGUGCAAUGGUUUUUUAAGAAUGGAGCAGUUUUGCAUGCAGCAGGCAAUAAGAAAGGUAUAGCUAUAGAUUAUCAGGGCUCAAAUUUACCUAGUGGAGGAACAAAUGAUGGUGCAUUUUGGAUUGAUUUGCCUACUGAUGGAGAUGCAAGAAACAAUCUAAAGAAGGGAAACAUAGAGAGUGCUGAACUCUAUGUUCAUGUGAAACCAGCAUUGGGAGGAGCCUUUACUGAUAUUGUGAUGUGGGUUUUUUGCCCCUUCAAUGGACCUGCCACCCUUAAAGUGGCAUUGAUGAACAUUGAGAUGAGCAAGAUAGGAGAACACGUAGGUGAUUGGGAGCACUUUACCCUUCGUAUAAGCAACUUCACCGGAGAGCUAUGGUCUGUUUACUUCUCUCAGCAUAGUGGAGGUGGAUGGAUACAUGCAUUUGAUCUGGAGUUUAAUAAGGGGAAUAAGCCAAUUGUUUAUUCAUCAAAAGAUGGCCAUGCUAGCUUCCCUCAUCCCGGGACGUACCUUCAGGGAUCAUCCAAACUAGGAAUAGGAGUACGCAAUGAUGCAGCUCAAAGCAAAUUUAUUGUGGAUUCGAGUGUCAAAUAUCAGAUUGUUGCGGCCGAGUAUCUUGGUGAAGGAGUCAUUACAGAACCAUGUUGGUUGCAGUAUAUGAGAGAGUGGGGUCCUACCGUUGUAUAUGAUUCACGGUCUGAGAUAGAGAAGAUAAUAAAUCUGCUUCCACUAUUUGUUAGAUUUUCUGUGGAGAACUUAUUUGAACUAUUUCCAACUGAGCUUUAUGGUGAGGAGGGGCCAACUGGUCCAAAGGAGAAGGAUAACUGGCUAGGAGAUGAAUAUUGCUAGUUCUGCUUCCUCUCUCGUUUUAGCGGGAAAGGAAUGCAAACUGAUUAAGGUAAUAUCUUUAUGUCCUGGUAUUAGUAUGUGUUAUGUAUGUCAUUGUGGGAGAGGUGAAAUGGAGCAAGACAUCAACAUCAUCAUCAUCAUCAAUCAAUUGUAAAGGGGGUGUACCUUACAUAGUAGCAACUUAUGUCAUUCUUGGUGACCUGAAGAACUAUAGUUCUCUGAUGUUUGAGUUGCUUAAAACAAUAUACAUAGCUACACAAAAAUUGUGAGUAGAAUGAUAGCAAUAUACAUUCUAAUACACUCUUUGUUAUUAGCUGAGAAUUAUUUAGACUCACAAAUGAUGUGGGGCUCACUUCCUAUUGGAUGAGUUUCUCUUAUUAUUUUGUGAUUCUUAAUAAAUUUUAAUCAAUUACAAAAAGUGCAUUAGAAAGAAUGUGUUCCUAGCUUAAACUAUAAACUUGUAUGAGCUAGAGUUCUCGGUUGUAUACACAUUUCUGAUCUCUUUGUAUGAUAAUCUUGUUGCCAGUGUUUAGUGGGAAAUAUGAAUUUUUUUUGCUAGUA